AUGGAGUGGUUUGGACGAGCUAAGAUUGAUUUUGUCCACGCGCCAUCCCCAAGGACCAUAAAUGAUAAAGAUGGAAAAUAUGUCAAUCUCCUCGAGAUCUCCGAGAGAACAACGCCGCCAUGUCACAUGAACCCUCUACUGUUCAAUGGCCACAUGCAAACCAUGUGGACGGUGACAAAGCCACACGGUCCUUCUGUCCAUUACAAGCGCAGAAUUUUCCAAGCCGAGCAUGAGCUUUACGCAGGCACCUUUGCCGUUGACUUUGCGGUAGACGCCCACGAUGAGCAAGACGAGACGCUUCCUCACCGGACAGCCUACUACACCGAUGAGGAGUUUGAAAACCUGGGCUCCGACGACACCAAGCCAAUGCUUGUGGUAUUGCACGGACUCUCCGGAGGGUCUCAUGAGGUUUACCUCAGACAUACGAUUGCGCCGCUUCUUGGCGCAGGAGGCUGGGAUGUGGCUGUUGUGAACUCGAGGGGUUGUGCGAUGAGCAAGAUUACGACAGGAGUGCUGUACAAUGCCCGUGCAACAUGGGAUGUGCGACAAGUGGUCAAAUGGAUGAAGAAGACAUACCCAAACCGACCUUUGUUCGGCCUGGGAUUUUCGCUUGGCGCCAACAUGCUCACAAAUUACUGCGGUGAGGAGGGCGCGGGGUGUCUUCUCAAGGCUGCCGUUGUGUGCUCAAAUCCUUGGAACCUGGAGGUCUCGAACAAGUUCCUCCAAAGCACGUAUAUUGGAAAAGAACUGUAUCUGCGAUACAUGGGUUCUACCAUGAAACAACUUAUUGAGAAUCAUAAGAAAGAAGUGACAGAAUACACCGAUCUGGACGUGAAGGCCAUUGAGAAUAUCACCUACUUGCACGAAUUUGAUCGUCAAAUUCAGUGCGCAACCUGGGGAUACCCUACCGAGGAUGCGUACUACCGCGAUGCAUCAUCUUCGGAUGCCAUCCUAGCUAUUAGGAUACCAUUUUUCGCAUACCAUGCUACUGACGACCCUAUUGCCGUGAAAGAGGCCAUCCCAUACCUUGAAUUUCGCCAGAAUCCCAACACGAUGCUUACAACCACUUCUCUCGGGGGGCAUCUUUGUUGGUUCGAGGCCGGUGGCACGCGAUGGCACGCACGAGCGGUCCCGAAUCUGCUUAAUUUCAUGGCCUUCGAAACCGACCUUGACACUCUGGAGCCAUCGAAGGAGCCAGAAGCCGCCAAAUCGGCAGCUGGCGGCUGUACUUACACCCCAAUGCGACGCAAAUUGUUCAUGACCGGACAUGGAAUAUGA